CAGCUCAUCCCUCAGAUAUGGACCAACUGGCGGACAAAGAAGACCGAAGGUCUGCCGGGCUCGAUGAUGUUUCUCUGGGCCUUGUGUGAGUGCUGCGCAUCCUACCAUCCCUUGCCCUCCUGGCGGGUCCGAGUCCUGACUUUGUCCGUCUGCCGCAGGUGGUCUUCCCUUUGGAGUAUACGCGGUCGCUCAAAACUUCAACAUCCCCGUUCAGGUCCAACCCCAGAUCUUCAUGGCUCUGUGCCUCGUCGCUUGGGCACAGAUACUGCUGUACCAUAAGUGGGUACUCACGAUACCUUGACAAGGUUCAGAGAGACAGAGACGGAGAUGGGAUUGCUGACAGGAGACAGCCAGUGGCCGGCAUGGAAAGCCUCUCUCUUGGCCUGUGCCGUGGCUGCUGUGUUUGCCGGAGCUGAGGCCGCAUUGAUACUGACGCUGAGGCCCUUGUACGACCGAGGCAAUGGGACGCCGGUAAUGGUUGUGGGAAUUAUCGCUGCUAUCCUGCUCGCGGCCGGCCUGCUGCCGCCGUACGGCGAGAUUUGGAAGCGGAGAGGGAGAGUCAUCGGCAUCAACUGGGUGUUUCUUGGCAUGGACUGCUCGGGGGCAUUCUUCUCCCUCAUGGCACUAGUUGCUCAAAAUAGCUUUGAUGUUCUCGGGGGUGUUCUCUACAUCGUAUGCUGUGUCCUCGAGAUCGGCAUCUUCCUUUCUCAUCUGGUGUGGUUGGCACGUACACGAAGAAUCCGGAAGGCUGCCGCGGCCGAAGGAAAGACUUUCGAUGAUGUUGCCGCAGAACAUGAGAUGCGAGGCAUCCCGUUCAAAUUCGCCGAAAGAAAGGGACCCUUGCUUGAUUGGAAUUGGAAGCCAAGCAAAAGCGAUGAUGGAAUGAAUGAACGCGGAUAGGUUGGGCCGAAGCUGGGCCGCACGAAAACCCUCGCAUGCCCAUCAGGGGGAGUUCAUCGACCCUUGCGGGGUGCGAAUCAGGAGGAUACAUGUCAUGAUACGAGCUU